AUGGCUCUACCUCAGAGUCUCCAAUCUUUUCUCUUCCUUUUUCUAUUCACCUUCCAUGCAUUAGCUGCACCAGGCGUGAACAUACCCCGCCUUGACCGUCGUGAUGAUGCUGAUACCACAUUAUCCUACGACAACUCUACCGCCCUUGAGCCUGUGGUCCCACCCGAGGUUGAUCCCAAAGACUUUUCCAUCUUCGAGCUCGAUACCCAUGUCAUGCUGGCGUGGGCUGGCUCGCCCGGUUCUGAGCCGGGUACCAAGCGCAUGCGGAAGCGCGACGAGGCCAUCUUCUCUCAAGCUAACUUUACCUUCCAAUACCCUGUCAUUCCUCUUGAUCAUUCUACCUUUGUGUCAACUGUCACCUGUACUAAAGGUGUACUGAGUGGUGUCAUAUCUAACACUGCUGCUUACAACUAUGCCAAGAGCCAGUGGAAGGGCAACAAGAAAAUUGUCUUCAUUACAUCUACUGAUGGUUGUGGUGAAGACCAUACCAACGAUCUGUUUCUUUCGAAGUCUAUCACCUUCGCCGAUGAUACCAAGACAUUUACCGUCCAAGGGUCUUCAACUGAAUACGUCGACGUUUAUGAGCAAUUCACUCUUCAGUGGGGCUCACUCGGAACCUUGAACGUCAGGCGGGCCCUUGAUAAGAGAGCUAUGUUCGAACCUCACAUACUUGACAAGAGGCUCACGGGUACCAAGUCAUUUAAGGUCAGUUGGGAACGAUGGCUCCAUGUCACAGAGCCAAGACCUGAAGAUGAUGACUCUGGGGGGGACGGCUUCCCUGGCGUCGAUGACGAUGCGCCUUGGCCCAAUGCUGCAAAACUCGUCGAAUGGGGAAGCGAAGGCGGUGAACCAGACGACUCAUACGCGAAAGGCGAAAUCGCCGAUCCCAAUGGCCAUCACAAACGUGGUGACAAUUACACUCUUGGAGAACGCGAUCUUUCUUAUGGCCUGAUCCUUUAUUGUGUUGAAUGCGGCUUUAAAGGCGAGGCCGAGCUUAGCGGUACCGUCACAUCGAACUGGGGUAAGGUUGAGGUCGCGCAGGUGGCCUUCAAGGCCAACUUCAAAGCCGGGCUACACCUAGGCCUGAAGGCCUUCGUCAAGUAUGAGAAGGAAUGGAACAACGACUUUUUCGAAAUUCCCCUUACGUCAUUCGGCAUUCCCACCCUUUUCGAGAUUGUACCCUAUGUCGGGGUCGGCAUCGAGGCUGGUCUCGAAAUCGAAGCCACUGGCACAUUGCUUAUCGGGGCUUCAGUUGAGUGGGAAGAUAUCGAUAUCUUGGUAGACUUGCUCCAUGAUGACAAUAGCCACUCAAACGGACUCACACCAGUUUUUAAGCCCAGGUCCGAAGCUACAGGUGAAUUGAAGCUGAGGGCCAGUUUGGGACUACCGGUCAGUGUUGGAGUCAAACUCAAUGUCUUGUUUGAUGACGUGAAGGGAGGGAUAAGAGAUACACCUUCGGUCGUCCUGGAAGGUAACUUCGAGGCCAACGCAGCACUUGAUAACGAUGGCAAUAUCAACACAAAUGUUGUGGGUGACUGUUAUGGUAUCUCUUGGAACAUUCACUUUGAAAAUGCCCUCGAUGCAUUCUAUCAAUGGUCUGAUGAGUCACUGAACAAAUAUCCUCUGAUAGAACCGCUGAAGUCUAAUCCUAUUGCUGAAGGCUGCAUUGGAUAUGUCAAUGAUGGGACAGGCUCAGGAGCCUCCACUGGCAAUGAAGUUGGUAUGUCUGGCAACGGUCUGGCAGGUGGAAACGGAAUGUUUGGAACACGUCCUGGGUCGAAGCCAGUGCCAAUCUUUGACCCGAAGGCCGCCAAAGCCGAGGCGAAGAGCCAGUCCAAGUCCGCUAAGCAGAAGGCGACGGCUCAGAGAAAGAGCUCCAAUGACAGUGGUAAGAAGGCCGGCAGCUCAAAGCUUGACGCGAAGAAAACAACGACAACCAAGACCAAGUCGACUACAGCAUCCAAGAAGCCACAGCCGUCAAAGGCUACAACCAGUAAGAAAGCUACCACGACUGCGAAGAAGGGUUCAGCUGCAUGCACACCCUCAGCAAUCGCCAACACCAAGUUGCCGUCACGCACGAUCUGCAACAAGGUGGUGACUAAGGCGAGAACUCCGUCAAAGUCAGUCAUCGGAACAACGGCCUCGUUGAAGAGUGUAAGUGCAUGUGCUCAAGCCUGUUUGAAGAACAAGCAAUGCAUGAGCUUUGGUUACAACAAGAGCAAGUUGUGUCAGCUAUAUGGCAAGAACUUCAAGGAUCUUAGGGUUAUAUCUGGGAAGGGAGACGCUACGUCGUCGUUCUACGAUAGGAACUGCUACAUGUACAGUAAAUGUCCCAAAUAG